AUGAAGGCGUCUAUGUUCCUCCUCGGCGCUAGCGCCAUCUUGGCUUCGGCCAGCCCUAUUCGAAAUGCUCUCGAGAAGAGAGAGAUUGAGAAGCGAGAGAUGAAGACCGAGUGGGUCUACGAGGUUGUUACCGUCACUGUUGUUGCUGGCGACGAGCCCGAGACCACGGCUCCUGCGGCCACAAAGCCCACUGGCGUUGUGUUUAUGGAAGCCCCUGCUCCCAAGUAUACAGCUCCUUCAACCACCAAGGAGGCUGCGAAGCCGAAGAAGGUCAAGAAGCCUGUUAGCAAGCCCUCAACCACCAAGGAGGCCCCUAAGGUUACGGUCGUUACUGUCGAGCCCCAGCCUGAGUCUACUAAGGAGACCGUCUAUGAGUCUCCCGCACCCGUCGUCGAGAAGCCCAAGACUACCGUCGAAAAGGUUGUCGCUAAGCCUACCAAGGCUGCCGAGCCCAAGGUUGAGGUCCCUGCUAGCGGCGGUGAUGACCUCUCUCUGGAUGGUGCCUAUAACACUGUUAUGCUCGCCUACCACAACAUCCACCGUCUUAACCACUCUGCCUCUGCCCUUGAGUGGGAUGAUGAGCUUGCCGGCUACGCCGAGAACACCGCCAACGGUUGUGUUUUCGAGCACGACAUGAAGCAAGGCAAUGGCGGCUACGGCCAGAACCUCGCUUCUUGGGGUGCCACAAGCGACAUUGAUGGCCUCAAGAAUAAGGCUGCUGCUGGUGGUAUUACCAACCAGUGGUACAACAACGAGAUGGGCAACUGGGCUUUCUAUGGCCAGGAGAACCCUCCUGCUGAUAUGAACAUUGACCUGUACGGUCACUUCACUCAGGUUGUCUGGAAGGACUCCACGAAGGUCGGCUGCGCCACUGUCAAGUGCCCUGCCGGAACUGUUCUCAGCUUCCCUUCUUGGUACACCGUCUGCAACUACAACCCUCAGGGUAACUUUGGCGGCCGUUAUGGCGACAACGUUCUCAAGCCCAAGGGCGAGAAGCGCGUUACUGUCUAA